AUGCUUCAGGACGCAGGUGGAGAAUUCGCAGGUGCGGCAGGUGGCGGUGGAGGUGGUAACAUUCGAGCUCCAGAAGUCAAAAAGAUGGCGGGCACUUAUGAUCCCAAUUACCAGACAUUAGCUGGAAUGAAUAACGAAGACGUCUUUAAACCAAAGGGUGGUGGCGGUGCCGCGAAAGGUGACGGUAACAUUCGAGCUCCAGAAGUCAAAAAGAUGGCGGGCACUUAUGAUCCCAAUUACCAGACGUUGGCUGGAAUGAAUAACGAUGACGUUUUCAAACCAAAGGGUGGUGGAGCUGCACCGAAAGGUGGUAAUAACAUUCGAGCUCCAGAAGUAAAGAAAAUGGCGGGCACCUAUGAUCCAAACUACCAAACUCUCGCUGGAUUGAAUAACGCAGACGUUUUCAAACCAAAGCAUCCAUACAUUACCGAGCAUCACAGACAGUCACUUUGUUGA